GUGUCCUUACAGUCUGCAACCAUGAAGCCUUCAAAAGUGUCCUUACGAAGUCUCCGAAUAUCCUGGAAUCAGUCCCUGAAGCAACUGCUCAUGUUCAAGCUCACGCUUAUCUGGGCUUGUCUGAUUGCGGCAGAAGCUGGAGACAAUAUGGAGUGUCGAGAGCAAGAGUAUAGGGAUCAGGCAGGAAACUGUGUUGCUUGUAAGCAAUGUGGCCCUGGGCAGGAGCUUUCAAAGGACUGCGGCUUUGGCUUUGGUUAUGGCGUCGACGCUCAAUGUGUGCCCUGCAGGCCUAACAGAUUCAAAGAAGACUGGGGACUCCAGAAGUGCAAGGCCUGUUUGGACUGUGCUCUUGUUAACCGGUUACAGAAAUCCAACUGCACAGCUACCAGUAAUGCCAUGUGUGGUGACUGCUUGCCUGGUUUUUACAGGAAAACUAAACUUAGUGGAUUUCAAGAUAUGGAGUGCAUUCCAUGUGGAGAACCCCCACCCCCCUAUGAGCCGAACUGCAGUAACCGAGUGAACCUAAUCAGGAUUCCUUCAACGGAGUCGAGUCCCCGAGAUACAGCGCUAGCAGCGGUCAUCUGCAGUGCACUAGCCACAGUCCUGCUAGCUCUCCUCAUCCUCUGCGUCAUCUACUGCAAAAGACAAUUCAUUGAAAAAAAGCCAAGCUGGCCCACACGCUCACCUGAAUGUCCUUACAGCGACGCCGAGCUCUCGUGUUUUGACAGACAGAGAAUGACUGAGUGCUCCCACAGAAACUGCUGUCACUGCCAGAGGGACCCGACACAGACUUGUGGGCCAGUCCAUCUGAUUCCAUCUUUGUGCUGUGACGAGACCUGCAGUCUGGAGCGUGGCAGUGACGGCUGCCCAUUCCACUCUCAGAGUGGCCUCGAUGAAACAAGCAGUGAUCCAGUAGAAGAUCUCAUCCCAUCCUGCAUGGCUGCUUUUUCUAGCUGCUCUCGGGCAGAUCAUUCUGAAGUGCAGUCCCUGAUGCAACACUCGGCUGGCAGUGAAAGCUUUCAACUCUUCCUGCCCGAUGAGCCAGAAGCAGAGGAAAAUGAAAACCAGAAUCCGGCAGAUGAUCAGAAUCCGGAUUCCCCUGUAAAUCGGGAUCAGCCGGAAUUAACCGAAGCCCACUCAUUAGAUAUCGGCGAACGAGAAUCAGAAUACAGGGGGGCCAAUGGCAAGAAGUAUUCAGAAAUUGGGACUUCAGAUGAUGAAGCCAAGUAGGCUAUGAACAAAGUUCUCUCUUGCCAAUGAGUUGAAGACAAGCUGGGAUUAAGUGCAGUAGCGUAUGAAGAAACAAACACCCGAGCACAUCCACGUUCAUGGCAUACUGUUCAACAGGAGUCUGAGUUCCACAGUGCUUGGACAAAGGAGGAGAUGCCUUGACUGGGCUGCUAUCGCUCAGUUUCCUAAAGCUGUUUGCCGACUGGUGGACACCGUAGCAAAAACAAUGAUUGGAAGAGAGAAUCUGGCAGCACUUUUUCUUGAAAUGAAGACGCCAAGUUUUCCAUACUUUUUGUUUCACUUGAACCCUGCUUGGUGUUGCCCUUUCUAAGCACCCUUUAUCACUUUAUUUUUGGCCAUCUUCACAAAUCCUGCGGACACUGGGAUCACUUCAGGCUGGCCUUCACAUUUUGUUUGAUAAGUCAUCGUGAACAGUGGAUGUGUGAAUAAGCCAUAGCGACAGCCUUCACAAAGCGAUGAUCUGAGGAAGGUCAAGUGCACUUGAAGUGCCAUAGUCGUAGCUGUCCUGACAUUCUGACUGUUUUUCAUUAACCAUGGAAAUGAAUGUGGUUUAUAGCAAAUAGCAUAUCUAUUGGCUUAAACAUUAAUACUUCUAAAAUAUUUCCGUCCAGCUUUACUUACAGUUAGUAAAAGAAUGCUAUCGGGAAUGCUAUUCUGUUAAAGGCAGGCACUUCUUCUCUUCAUCGCUCCUGUCUUGUUCUCUGUUUCACUUUGCACAUCUGUAAAGGACAACAAAGGAUUUUGUGUGCAGCUGUGCAAGUCAGGACCCUAUAAAGACUAGCAAUAGGCGUUUGCAUUUAACUGUAGAUAAUGUAAUAUAGUAAAUAGCAAGUAUUUUUGUUUUUUUUAAACUCUUGAAUACACACAAUGCUUCUAGUUGGUCUUUGGGCUUCAGAUCCAAUGGAUUCAGAGGUUGUGUGUGUCCCAAGUCCAUCCAUCCAUCCAUCUCUCCAUAUUCUCACCUGCUUGUGAGGCCCUGAGACCCACUGAGAAACAUCGAGGCAAGGCAGGAACCAACCCUGGAUGAGGACCAGCCUAUCAUGGAGCUCACCCCACAGCCACAUCUAGCAGACCACUGCACCACCAUAUGUCUAAAUAUAUAAAUAUGCCCUAAACUUCUCGUGGGGGAAUCAAAUGUGCUCUUCCUUUCUGCAGGCUCCACAGUAGGUUGUUGCAUAUGUUUGGUUUGAUUCAGAUAUCUUCCAAUGGUAGCCCUAUAGCAGCAGCAGCUCCUCCUGUAAGAGCUGAACCAUCGUUAAGAGCAAAGUAUGGGGAAAAAGAUCCAUAAAUGAGAACUUAAGUCACAAAGUACUGAAGCGUUUUAUAUUUUUGUUCUUUUGAGCAAAACUGUUUGUGAUGGGCAACAAUAAUUACAAAAUUAUGGCAUCGGGGUAUUCAUUUAUACAGUGAGUGUGUUUAUAGGUACAGACUCCAUACAGUGCUGAACAAGAUGAGAGGGCAAGAAAAUGAAUGAAUGAACAGACGCUUAUGAGGUACAGUCAAAAAUAAACUGGUAAGACAAGAAACUGUGACCAUGUGGUGCUGGGGUGUUGGUAAACUGGUCUAGAAUUGUUUGCUGAACUUUGUUACACAUUAUAUGGACAUUAUAUGUUCAGUAAAAUAAUGAAACCCUUUAUGCUAUACUGUGUAGGAGACCACUGUCAGGACAGACUGCACAAGGGAGCUUUAGGAGCAGAUGAAAUGAAGCCGGCUCAGGGGCUUCAGGUAGCUUUUGAAUUGGAUGUGAUCAUUUUAUAACAAUCGAAAUGUUCCUCCCCCAGGGCUCGUUCACACUCAACUGUUUCCCCCUGCCAGUAUUUUCAUAGCCAUGUAGGUAAUCCGUAGCACGACCGUAAAAUCAAUUAGAGUCUUUGGCCCCCCAUUUCCAUCACCACAGAGGAUCACUGUGUGUUUGUAAAAAAUGUGACAUGCUGCAGAUCUUCCACAUGAAGAUGGACCAUCAUGCACAUGAAUGCCUUUCUUCCACACAGAAAUCCCGCCCCUUAGCCGUUGCUUAGCAACCGCCCUUUCCUGUUUCCAGGAUUUAAGGCUGACAGGGUGGCAGCUACACACACACACACACACACACGCCUGUCUCUAUGGAGGAAAGUGCUGUGUGUUCUGCUGGGAGCCAGCGACAAGAGAGGGAUGUGGCUUAAAUUAAAGUAUGUGGUCAUGUUUGUUCAAAUUGUUCUCUGCACACGACCCCCUUUUUUCCCUUCAUCCAUCCAUUAUUCAACCCGCUAUAUCCUAACUACAGGGUCACGGGGGUCUUCUGGAGCCAAUCCCAGCCCACACAGGGCACUAGGCAGGAAACAAACCCCGGGCAGGGCGCCAGCCCACCUCAGGGCACACACACACACACACACACUAGGGACAAUUUAGAAUCGCCAAUGCACCUAACUUGCAUGUCUUUGGACUGUGGGAGGAAACCGGAGCACCCAGAGGAAACCCACACAGACACUGGGAGAACAUGCAAACUCCCAGGAUCAUUUUAUUUAAACAUAUAAUGACAGGCAGUUGCAUGAAAAUGCAUAUCGUCAAGGCCCAAAAAGAUAGUAAUCAAAUCUGUGUUAACUUGCACCUCUGCAAACACACACGUGUGAAUGAGGCAUCAUGAAUCCAAAGCAGAUGAAUGUGGCAGCAUAUAAGCCACCUAAAGGCCAUGUCACAUGACGCCGACUUUUCCAGCGAUUUUCAGUCGUAGACUUCAUUUACCUAAUCUUAGUGAGUUGGAGGCAGUGGACAUCACGCUUUCAUGAAUCCAGUCACGUACCUGUGACAUGCCCAGCAUCUGGUUUGAUUUUGUGUUUAGUAGUAGAGGCAGGCUGUGUGUGCAGGAAUGCUGACAACCAAUGAAUGUUCAUCAGGAUGUACAAUGCAUAGAAUGGGAUGUGGGGGUCCUCACACACAGAAGAAAACCUUGUCUUUCUGAUGCCACGUGUUUCACCAAAAAGGGGAAAAAAAAACAGAGCUGAACUCGUCGUACCUGUUAGCCGCUUGUACAGCACCAGCGCCAUCAAGGGGGCCUGUUAUUGCUACAAAAUGAGGCAAGCACAACUGUGCCAGAAGGUCAGUACACAGUCAAUAAAUUCAACACACUCAGUCAUGUAAAGUGACAGUCCAGUGAUGAGGUGCAGUCGGCAAGUCUGACUUACCCCAUGACAAGACAUCACUGUGCCAUUAGCUUUAGAGAACAGUGUAAAUACUGUACUUAAUUAAGUCCAAGCAUAUCCUAUAAAUAUAACUUUGUAGCCAUAGUCGCAGGAUUUUUUAAAAAUUCUGUGCUAAAUCAAGCUGGACUUUGCAUAAGAUGCCUGAUAUUUGUCUCAACUGUUUAUAUUCAUAGUGUUCACCAUCCUGCUUGACAAAAUUUAGCAUUACGGUGCUGCAGCCUGUCCUGGGUGUAAUAUCAAUGGGAACCCCAGAGGCAGAGGCCUGCACUGUAAUGAUUUUACUCUCCCACUCCUGACAAAAUUCCAUUGAUUUUCUUGCUUCCAAUGGAAUUUUGUUUACCUCCCUAAAAGUUACUUGAAUGAAACCCACAGCCUAUGUGGAGGGAACAGACUAUUUUAUGAGACUGCUUUCAUUGUGUAUCAAAGUGCUCCCCACUAAAACAUUCAUCCAUCCAUUAUCCAACCUGCUAUAUCUUAACACACAGGGUCACGGGGGUCUGCUGGAGCCAAUCCCAGCCAACACAGGGCGCAAGGCAGGAAUAAAUCCCGGGCAGGGCACACGCACACACCAAGCAUAAUUUCAGGAUCGCCAAUGCACCUAACCUGCAUGUCUUUGGACUGUGGGAGGAAACCGGAGCACCCGGAGGAAACCCACGCAGACACGGGGAGAACAUGCAAACUCCACGCAGGGAGGACCUGGGAAGCGAACCCGAGUCUCCUUACUGCGAGGCAGCAGCGCCACCGUGCUGCCCUCCACUAAAACAUCAUUUUUAGAAUCCAAAUGAGAAUGUCAAAGUUAUAACGUGUGUAGCUCUCGUUAUUUUUACUUUAGAUAUUAAGACUUUUGAUGCGUUAAAAAACUUAAAAAACAUCAAAAUAGUGCUAUAUAGUUCUCCAUUUUUGGAGAUUAUGGAAGAGAAAUCACAAAUCCAGACACCCUAAUAAAUAAGCCUGCACUGGCCUGUGUACAUAAUGCCUGUAAUUAUUCAUUUGCAAAA